CAUCCUCCAAAUUUUGGGCCUGUGGCAGUCUCUGUCUGUCUCUCUCUCUCCCCUCCAAAAAUUCAAUUCUACCUCAGAAUCACCAAUUUCGUUCUCUUCCAGAGAUUUUUCUCUCUGCCCACACAAAUUAUCUUCUUCAGCUUUAAAAUCUUCGUUGUUUGCUUUUAAUCUGCUAAGGAAGGUGUCUAUCAAUGAAGCAUGUAGUAGGAAGUUUCUUUGCGGAGAACCCUCUUUACUCGCAACGAAUUACAGCAGAUGGACAGAAAGGAUGAACCCCACAAGGAUUACUACAAAGUUCUGGAGGUUGAUUAUGAUGCAACAGAAGAGAAAAUCAGAUUAAAUUAUCGAAGGCUUGCAUUGAAGUGGCAUCCUGACAAACACAAGGGCAACAGUGCUGUCACUACAAAGUUUCAAGAGAUCAAUGAAGCAUAUAAAGUAUUGAGUGAUCCAGCUCAACGACUUGAGUAUGAUUUGUUGGGAAACUAUGAGAUUGACAAAUACACAUUGCGGGAAUAUCUUACACGAUUCAAAGGAAUGAUACUUACUUGCAACGGGCUUGGUAUAACCCAUACUUCAAUAUGGUCACAGCAGCUAAUGGAAACCAAUGAUUAUGUGGAUAAAUAGGGUCAGGAGAUUAAUAUCCAUUUCGAGUUCAUUACAAUUUAUAGAGCUUUCAAACCAGAGGCUGUAUGUGUGUCCGACAGAAUGUGAUUAUCUCAGCUCAAAACCAUAGCAACAUUGGAGUUGGUUGAAAAUGUACUUUUCAGUCUCGACUGUUGGAAUGCCGAACACCAUUAUGGCUGCGUACCUUAACUGUCUUUUGAUAUGAUAC